AUGGUUUCUGGCUCUGACGAUGUCCGUCACAGGACGGACGAAAGCUCAGCACGGAGUCAUCGGGGUGGUAGGACGGUGAGUCGAGGUCUUCUUCGCACAAUUCAACAGAUAAAAGUCCAAGGCAACCCUCCUUCGGUAUCCGUAUGCCUAAAGCCUACAAACGAUGCAACUCGUCUGGGCGACUUCGACGAGGGCCGGCACUCGGUCUUGGUAGCCUGGUGCUAUGGCGGGCCCGAGGGAGGUGGCUUUUCAGGCAGGAAAGAGGCUAUUCAUUUGCCGACUCGAUUGCUAGUUUAUCUUCGCUUAUUAUAA